GAGAUAAUUAAUAAAAUAUGACGUUCGAACACUACAAAUACAAAGAAAUGUGUACAAUAAUUCCUUGGGGUUAGAAAAUUGAUACGGAUCUGAGCGAGGACUUGUAGCUGAAAAGCGAUCGUUUGAUAGUGAGAAUAAGUUAAUACUGUUUCAUCGUGCAGGACAGAAGGAUGCGGUUGUUGCGAUCCCUGGAAGCGAUUCUCGUCUCCGUUGGACUGAUUUAUUGUGUGUCAGUAGACGGGACUUCUGAGAGUCUGAGAGCAUCUUUGCAAUUAACAUAUAAACAACGCAUUAAUGAAACAGUUGGAUUUUUUCAAUUCCUUUCCAAAAACUUUGUCCAUGAUAUUGUUGGCAUGAGUAUCGACAAGAUGAAGUUGGAAAUCCCCAGAAACCCGGACGAUAUGGCGACAGUUAAUGACACAAAGGGUCAAGAUCUACUACGGGUCGGCCGUUGUUCUUUACAACUUUCUUUCCAGGAGGAGGAAGGUGGAGAAUUAACAGUGACAGGGGAACACAUUAACGAACUUUCUAUUGAUCAAGAACAGAGAGAAAUUCUUUUGUGCGCUUUCGUGACCAUACCAAUUUUAUCAGAAGGCUCACGGGAAUAUAGGACUCCGACCUUAGUGAUUUCGACUGCAGAUCCCAAGUGGAAAACAUCAUCUUGCGAAAAUAUGACGGACUCUGUUUGCAGUGAAUUCAAUAGCACAACAAAACUUACAACUUCGUCGAAGAUAUUUGGAAGUGGUAAAUGCUGCACCAUUGGCCUAAAGAUUGCAUACCCACUCAGGAUAAUCCAGAUCUUUAUUAUCACAAAUCAAACAGAGUGGUUGCCCCUUGUUUCUGGAAGAAACGCUCGAAAAGGAUCCGCUGAAAAUGAGAACCUCUUCUUUGUUGGUGAAAUUCCAGCCAUAUUCAAGAUUGUUAUUGUCUACGAGGAAGAAAUGUCGGCGAGUUUUUCAAUAUUUUGGAAAAAUUGCAACACCAUCAAAAGAGCCAUUUCAACAACACUGUCAGGUUGGAACUAUAAUGUGACAGACUUCACUAUUUAUGACGAGUUUUGUGAUUGUAACGAAGCGUUACUUCAGCCAUUCUACUGCGAUGGACCCUCUAAAGGUUUGGUGCUUCAGACUGCUGGUAAUCUAGCAACGAUUACGUCAGAGAUGAUUACCAGUUCAAACCCAGAGUGUUACUUAUCCUUGGUCAUGACCACAACAUUCAGAACGUAUGCCGGGGUAACAAUCCUAUCAAAAAACAGGACUAAGUUUCGGGUCUUUAGUGAGAACCGCGAGGGAGGUCUCUAUAACCAUCAUAGCAAAGAAUACCGAAUUAAAGUGGGUCAAAUUAAAGAAGAUUUUAAAAUUCAAGUAGACCUUCAACGGUUACAGCCGAGUUCGCUCAUGGCGGUUGGAUCUAUUGCACUAAACAAUUGUACAGGACCUCAUAGUUUUGAUUCAAACUGUUCUUCGUCGGAAUACAUGUGCAAAACUGGUGUAUGUAUCAGCAAAUGGAAAAGAUGUAACAUUGCGAAAGAUUGUUACCAUGGUGACGACGAGGAGCAUUGUGGGCGUGAAAUUAGUCCAUGGCAUUGUGAUUUUGAUGACAUGCCCAACAGCACGUGUAAUUUCCUGCAAUAUGAAAAUGACAAGUGUGGACAGUUUAAGGUUACAGAAGGGCGUCUAUUUGGUCACCCUGGACCGGAACAUACAAAUACCCACGAUAGGGGGGCCAUGUUAUACUUUCAAAGAAAUUUUUGCAAGAAACCCUUUUCGGCGGAAAUUAGAACGCAACUAUUUGAAUACACGUUGCCAGAGAAGCAAGAAAACAAGUCAAAAUGCACGUUAAGUAUAGCAAGCAAGGGCGAAAACUCAUGUUGGUGGAAUUUGUAUCUAUGUCAAGAUUCUUCGUGUACAAGAAAAUUAUUUCGUGGUAAUACUACAGGGAUAUGGAGAACAGAUGUCGUCACUCUAAAUCUUAUGUCGGGAAGCUACUACAUAAAGCUCAAAGCAAAGGAGCGGUGCGAAUGGAUGGCAAUUGAUGAUGUUUUCUUCUCACCCAACUGUUUUUCACCAGAACCCGAGGACUUGGAUAUCACGUGGUGGGUGGAAAUCUUCGUUCCCUUUGUGUGUCUUAUCGUAUUAAUAGAAAUAAUCGUAGUCUCUUGGGCAGUUUGUCAAAAGUUUUCAGUCUGUCAAAAGUCCGUGUUUCUCGAGAAGUUUUACUUCUUACGAAGCAGAAAACAUUCGGAUAUGAAAGACUUUCUGGGUGAUCGCUGUGUUUUGCCAAAUUCAACUUCUAGAUUUAAAGACAUGUUAACAGAGGAUAACCCGAACUACGCUUUGCUGUCAGAACGAACGCUAAACGAAUGCAUUCGUAACAUCCCAUUUACGAGCGUUUGUCUCGAAUCCUUGCUUGGAGAGGGUUCAUUCGGGCAAGUUUAUAAAGGCAAACUUAUAAAACAUGGAGAGACAAAAGAAGAUUUACCUAUUGCGAUCAAGAAACUACCAGCAGGAUCAUUCAACGAAAACAUUUCAGAUUUUUUAUUGGAGGCACUAACAUUAGGCAAGUUCGAUCAUAAAAACAUCGUUCGUUGUUUGGGAAUUACGUCAGAUCCUCGAGGUGAACUGUUACUUAUACUGGAACUAAUGGAAGGUGGUGAUUUAAGAAAAUAUCUGAGAAGUCACAGACAAAAGGAGGAUUUAACAAUCAAAGAACUUUUGAAAAUUUCUUUGGACAUAGCACUUGGUUGUCAGUACCUUGAAGAAAAUAAAUUCAUACAUAGGGAUAUUGCUGCCAGAAAUUGUCUUUUGUCAUCAACCGAUUCCAAUAAGAUUGCAAAGAUUGGUGAUUUCGGGUUUGCGAAAGAUAUAUAUGGCACAGACUACUACAAGAAAAGCGAAUUAACAAUGGUCCCCGUUCGUUGGAUGCCAGAGGAAUCUUUUAAGAAUGGGAAAUUCACUUCCAAAUCUGAUGUUUGGGCAUUUGGCGUGUUGUUAUGGGAGGUGUUUUCUUUUGGUCAACUGCCUUAUGAGGACCUUACAAAUUGUGAAGUAAUGGCAAAGGUGAUGAACGGACACCGACUGGGACAGCCAAAGCUUUGUCCUAUUCAACUUUAUACAUUGAUGGGAGACUGUUGGAACACAGAGCCGGAGAAAAGGCCGUGCUUCAAGACAAUAGUUACCAUUUUUACGACCUUGUAUACACAUUCAUAUGCACAGAGUGCUUUAACUUCCAAUGGUAUUUGUUCUCUAAAAGUCAAUGGCGGAAAACACCGUUUAAACACAUAUGAUGAAGUCGACAACGCUAUACCACUUUUGGAAGGUGACUGUACCAUAGUUAGUACUACUGAUGAUAGUGUUUUCGAGGCAACCAUCCCAGUUUAACUUAAAUACAUGUCAUAACAAAACCAAAAAUCAAUAGUGCUGCAACAGUUGUUAUUUUGGGGAAUCGUCUUUCCUCGCCAGUUCAAAGGUCUGAAAUGCAGUUCAAACUUGGAUAAACUUAUUAAUGUAUAUAAACGAAUGUAUUGUUAUAUUAUAUUACAGUGACAUGUGUUGUUAAUCUUAUUAAAAUGUAUAUACACUAUGCACAUUACAUAUUAGAGUAUUUAUAGUCUGUCCUAAGGUACAUCUAUUUAUGCAGCACAUUGGAACGAUUUUCAAUUUAAAAAAAAUAUACAAACCUUCGGAAAAGUGCAAUUGAAAUAGAUGAAAGAUGAAAUAUCCAAGAUAAUUUCAUUCACUAUUUAUCUUUAUUUUUACUCGGAAAAAUCAACCUCACAAGAACGAAAACUUACUUCUUACGGAGAUUUAAAUUGGAGAAUGUUGACAUAUUUCCUCCAUUCGGAAGAUACUCGAAAUAUGUCGCACAAUUUUUCAUCGUUAUCAUCCGAGUCUGUUGCAAUACAAAAUUCCCGUAGACAUCACAUUUUUUAACAGUAUAUUAAAACCUAAUAAGCUAAAGGGGAUGUUUCAAAUGCGAGCUGUUUGAAUUUUUUUUCUGGAAGCAAUAACUUGGGACAGACUACAGUCAUAAUUGUAUUUAAACAGACAAGAACUUGUUAUACUAUAAUAACUUGCCACAUCCACCAAACGGCCUUAGUUUUAUAAGUUUUUUUACGUGUAGAACCAUAAUACCAGAUUGAAUUUGAUGUAAUCUUGUUAUCCAGUUAGUGUUCAUAAUUGUUCGUUGUCCUCCUUUUUCUGUAUGAUAACAUGUACAACCAUUCUAAUAUUCGAAUCAAGCAAACUUGGUGCAUAACAAGAUGAUUGAUAAAUAUUAACCAUAACUUAACGUGUUCCAAUAUUGAAUUGUCAAGCUCAUUGUAAAGUUUUGAGCUAAUCCUAUAGCUAUAAUGCCUUUGCUAUCACUCUUUUAUUGUAGCAUUUUUAUAGCUAGGUAAUAUGCUAUGCGUGAAAUUGUCAGAAUUUUUUGACCACGUUUUUGACGUCGAUGCUUUUAAUGUACAUAUCUUAAUUUGUAACAAGCACAUGCAUUUAUUCAGCUAAAACAUUGUUUAUUUCCUCAAUUUUGGUACAAAUAUAUGACACACUUGUAAGAUUAUAUACUAGUUUUGCAUACAUAGUGGAACGAACGACAACUCCGAUUAAC